AAGAACUUGUAUUUAGAUGAAGGAGAAUAUGUUCCGCCCAAGGCCGAAGUGGUUGAAUUUGAGGAACCUGGUGCUACAUUUUCGUCUAAGUGUUCCGUGUUCAAGCUGGUUGAUAAGCAAUACACUAAGUUGGGUGUUGGUAUGUUGCAUUUGAAAGAAGCGGAUGGAAAGAAGAGCGUUUUGGUCAGAGCAGCAACAGCCAUAGGAACUGUCUGGAUUAAUGCUCUCAUGAAUCAGACGAUGAAAGCUGCAAAAGCAGAUGAAAAAGGAGAAAAAAUAAGGGUGAGUAAGAUUCAUGUUGAUUGUUGUUUAUGA